ACCACCACAAAGACAUUUGGGAAAUGAUUUCUCAGUAUUUAAUGCUGCCUUAGUUUUUCCAUUUCAAGCUACGAGGAAACAAGAAGACAAUGAAAGCCCUUCAUCUUCACUAAGAGGCAGACAUAAUUUUGUGAAGAGAACUCUGGUGAUCAAAAUGAAGACUCUCCUUUGGGCAACGAUUCAAUUGCUUUUCUUAUCAUCAACUCUGAGUCAAAGUGGUACAGAUCAUGACCCUGACAAUUCUGGAGGGUCAGUCACGGAUAUCAUCAGGACCUUUCGAGGUGCUCCCCAAAUUCACUAUGAAGAAUUCCCUGAUUCUGCUAUAGAAGGGUGGACUGGAACGACUCCAACUAAAGAGAAGUGUGCCAUGGAUAAAUCAAGUAUUGUUACUCUUCGUGUCAACAAUAACACCAUGGGCUAUCUGACGAGCUCCCUAAGCACCAAGCUGAUACCUGCCAUCUACAUUGUGGUAUUCUCAGUGGGUGUGUCAGUCAACACAGCAACCCUGUGGAUGCUUUACUUCCAGACCAAGUCCAUCUCUAUGAACAUCUUCUACGUUAACUUGGCUGUGGCGGAUCUCCUCUUCUGUGUCACACUUCCCUUUAAGAUAGCCUAUCACCUCCAUGGAAACAACUGGCUCUUUGGAGAAGCCAUGUGCCGAAUGACUACCGCUGUUUUCUAUGGCAAUAUGUAUUGUACUACUCUGCUCCUUGCCUGCAUCAGCAUCAGCCGUUAUCUGGCCAUUGUUCACCCUUUCACCUACCGUGGGCUGCCAAAGCGCACUUAUGCAAUAUUUGCCUGUGGCUUGGUGUGGGCCACUCUUUUCUUAUAUAUGGUGCCACUCUUCAUAACAAAGCAAGUGUAUUACCUGGACCAACUUGGGAUCUAUACCUGUCAUGAUGUACACAACACCUGUGAAAUGAUGUCACCCUUCCAUCUCUACUACUUCAUCUCUCUGGCCUUUGUUGGAUUUGUAAUUCCACUUGUUAUCAUUAUCUUCUGUUACACAUCCAUCAUCCGGACACUUAAGGCCUAUGAUCAGAAAUGGUUCUGGUAUAUUAAAGUGAGUCUCCUCAUCCUAGUGAUUUUUGCUAUUUGUUUCACGCCAAGCAACAUAUUACUUAUUACUCAUCAUGUGAACUACUACAACAACAACACAGAUGACUUAUAUUUUUCCUAUCUUAUAGCAUUGUGCCUGGGCAGCCUGAACAGUUGCCUAGAUCCAUUCCUUUACUUUCUCAUGUCCAAAAUCACAGAUCGGUCCAGUGCCUACGUGACAAUCAUCAAGACAUCUUAAAGACCACUAAGGAAAUAUGAUGUCUAUAUGUAUGUGGUACUGAAAUAUAUAUUUCUAAGAAGUUCUGCUCUAUGUAUUCAUCUUAUGAGGUACAAAGAUAUAAAUAUAUGUAAGCUGCAGUUUCUAUAUUCUACAUACACACAAUUCUGGCAAUAACUAGCAUUUUGUUAGACAUAGUUUUCAGUUCAUUACUGCAAGAAUGCUAUUUGACAGGAAAAUCUACAGUCAACUUUGUAUCAAUAAUAAAAUCUAUAUGCAUAUGAGAAGGAAAAAGAUUCAUUUAGUUCAUGCUAGUGAACAAUUAUCAGUACUGGGAAGGUCAGACUCAUCAUUCUAAGAGCAAGUUUUUGAUGUUCCUUCAGAGGGGCUGGCUGAGGAUGACAGAAGUCCCUGACAGUCUAUCCUACUUGCACAAAGUCACCUUAUUUUUUUAAGUUGUACCUUUCUAAUCUUGUACAUGGUGUUCUGAACAAAUAAUCUUAACUUGUUUCACAUAUUAAAAAAUAAUUUUCAUAGAAAUUAAUGCGGAGUGCUAUAUAUACAGACUUCAGGUUUUUGCAGGAAUUUCAAUAUGGAAAGAAGAGAAAAAUAUUAUAUCUGAUAAAGUAGGUCCAUAAAGUCAGGGCUUAAAAAAACAUAUAUAUCAGCCUCAAUAAAAAUAAUCACGCUAUAAUAUUGGCUAAAACAAAUGAACAGGGGCAGCUAGAUGGUGCAGUAGAUAGAGCACCGGCCCCGGAGUCAGGAGGACCUGAGUUCAAAUCCGUCCUCAGAUACUUGACACUUACUAGCUGUGUGACCCUGGGCAAGUCACU